AUCCCGUCUUCCUCUCGCUCCCUGGACGACAGCGCCAGAAGCAAACAAACGGCCGGCCCGACAUCAACACGGCACACACUGCGCGGCCACAUCCGUCUGCCUCCGUCUGCGUUUGUCUGCAUCGCCCAAGCUCGCUGCCCGGCCGACGCUGCUCAAGUCCUGUCCCUGCGCCCGCAAUUCCGGUUUUGGCACUCUCUCUGGGCCAAUCCCUCGCCGCUCGGCUCCGUCGACAACGCCCACACAAGCAUCUGGCCUGUUUGCAACGCUCGGCCCGCCGAUUACACCCCAGCCCAUCGUAUCUGUCUGUUGCAUCUGCUUCUUCAACCUCGGCACUCGCGAUGGACAUUGGGACUUCGAAUGGCUUGCUUCAGAAAAUCCACUCGUUCUUCAAAGUCCAUGACUCCAUGUACAAAACAGCAACCGCCGGUGCUGUGUCGGGUCUGGUUGCGGCGAUAAUGGUGUGUCCUCUCGACGUCGUCAAGGUCCGGCUGCAGAAUCAGACGGCCAGCUCGGUCCCCAAAUAUGUGGGCGGAACCGUCUCGACCUUGAAAGCCAUCUGGAGCGAGGAGGGUGUUCGAGGCCUAUAUCGGGGACUGAGUCCUGCGGUUGUCUCCUACCUACCGGAUCGAGCGAUCUGGUUCUCGUGCUAUUACAAGUUCAAAAUUUUCUUUGCCGACUCCUUUCACUGCUCGAUGGACGAAUCAUCAGUCCACCUUGCGGCAUCAUUGUCGGCUUCGGUUGUGAACACGCUGCUCUUGAAUCCUAUCUGGGUCGUUCGAACACGCAUUAUGCUGCAGCCCCCACAUCCUUCACCGGCAUCGUCGCUCUCUCACCACUACACAUCCAUGUACGACGCCUUUUCGACAAUCAUCCGAACCGAGGGAUUCUCGGCGCUUUACAAGGGACUUGGCCCCACCCUGCUCGGCGUAAGCCACGCAGCCGUGCAGUUCCCGGUCUAUGAGAAGCUCAAGCAGAUUCUUGCUGAGGAUGAGCGACAUCGACUACGUGAUCCGCAGCACGAGCUCAGCAACACCGGCAUCAUCAUCGCAAGCUCGGUCUCGAAGAUGAUUGCCUGCAUCGCAACAUAUCCCCACGAGGUUCUCCGCACGCGGCUGCAGACACUCCAUCCAAACGACGCCCAACCCGAGAUCAACAAGUAUCAUGGCAUGGUCCAGGCCACCCGCUUGAUUAUUGCCGAGGAAGGCGUGCGUGGAUUCUACAAGGGACUCUCUGCAAGCUUGGUCCGCAGCGUGCCUUCAGCGGCGCUCUCAAUCUGGUGCUAUGAAUGGCUGCUGCGGGUCCUAUAAUGCGAAAAGACAUGAUUACACCCGAGUCGUCGUCUGAGGCUCAUAUCUAUCAGUUUUUGGGUAUCCGAAUCGGCCGAUGUUCGGUGGCAUCGGCGCUGUAGCACACACACCACUUCACUUCCGAAUACAAGCCCUCAUCACCCUUGC